AGCGGAGCCGGGCCACGCAGGGGCUGCCCGAUGUCCCGGGGCCGCGGGCGAUCUUCAGGUGCGCUCUCCGCCAUGGCCGAGGCCGGCCGGCCGCCGCUGGCCCGCGUGCUCCUGCAGCAGUGCCUCCACGCCAAGCUGCAAGUCCGUCCCGCCCAGGACGGCGCCGAGGCGCAGUGGGUGGAGGUUCCGAGAGCAUUAGUAAUCUAUGUCUGCUUCUUCAAAGGUGCUGAAGAAGACCUUCUACCUAAAAUGGUUAGCACACUGUUGAAUGUGAAAUUAAGUGAGACCGAAAAUGGCAAGCACGUAUCCAUAUUGGAUCUACCUGGGAACAUCCUCAUUAUUCCUCAAGCCACCCUUGGAGGAAAAGUGAAAGGAAGAAACAUGCAGUACCACACCAACUCUGGAAAAGAAGAAGGAUUAGCUCUUUAUUCUCAGUUUGUGACUCUGUGUGAAAAAGAGCUUGCUGCAAAUAGUAAAUGUGCAGAAGCUGGUAUGGUGGUGAGACACGGAACAUAUGGGAACAGACAAGUGUUAACGCUUGAUACCAAUGGACCCUACACACACCUGAUUGAGUUUUGAAAAGUUUGUAUAACAGUAUUCUAGGAUGAAAUGGUCAGGACUGGAAUUACUAGAGGGUUUUUGUCUUUUUAAGAUCUGUCAUUACAAGAUUUACCGCAUUUUGACAUUUAGAACGACUGGUGUCUCCACUGAAUAGAGUGGGUUAUAGUUUCAAGUCUCCUGCUAGCUUGGGCAACUUCACCUUUAAUUCAUUCUACCAUCCUUUUAAAAGUUUUGAAGAUACCUUCACAACAUUUAUUUUCCAUCCAAAUGAAAAAGAAUUAUUUUAAAAUCCAAAUUAUUAAAGUCUCUCUCCCAAACAGA